CAUGGAUGGAGCCUCGCAACUUCCAGCGCCCGUACCCGGGAGGCCUGACAGGUAAUUAAAUGCCCUUACUGUGGAUCUCUGCUCCGUUGGCAAACCCGGUUGCACAGUAGCUCUUCCCAUAGCUUCUUUUACUCUGUCCCCCUGGAAGAAGAUGGCAAAAGUAAACAUUACUCGAGACAUCAUUCACAGGCAAAUCAAGGAGAGGGGUGCGCUAGGCUUUGAACGCCACUAUCAUGUCACCGAUCCCUUCAUUCGCCGCCUGGGCCUGGAAGCAGAAUUGCAGGGUCACUCUGGGUGUGUCAACUGUCUAGAAUGGAAUGAAAAAGGAGACUUGCUGGCCUCUGGAUCUGAUGAUCAGCAUACGAUUGUCUGGGAUCCUCUGCAUCACAAGAAGCUCCUUUCUAUGCACACAGGGCAUACCGCAAAUAUCUUUUCUGUCAAGUUCUUGCCGCAUUCAGGGGAUCGCAUCCUCAUCACGGGAGCUGCAGAUUCCAAGGUGCACGUCCAUGACUUGACUGUCAAGGAGACCAUCCACAUGUUUGGAGAUCACACCAACAGGGUUAAGCGAAUUGCCACAGCUCCCAUGUGGCCAAACACCUUCUGGAGUGCAGCAGAGGAUGGGCUAAUCAGACAGUACGAUCUGCGGGAGAACAGCAAACGUUCAGAAGUCCUAAUAGACUUGACCGAGUAUUGUGGGGAGCUGGUGGAGGCCAAAUGUCUCACAGUCAACCCCCAAGAUAACAACUACUUAGCGGUGGGGGCAAAUGAGCCCUUCGUGCGGCUGUACGACAUACGCAUGAUCCACAACCACAGGAAAAGCAUGAAGCAGAGUCCUUCAGCUGGAGUGCACACGUUCUGCGACCGGCAGAAACCCCUCCCGGAUGGUGCAGCUCAGUACUACGUGGCAGGGCACCUCCCAGUGAAACUUCCAGACUACAACAACCGACUGAGAGUUCUGGUGGCCACAUACGUGACCUUCAGUCCUGAUGGCACCGAGCUUUUAGUCAACAUGGGAGGGGAGCAGGUCUAUUUGUUUGACCUAACUUACAAACAGCGACCGUACACUUUUCUUCUCCCAAAGAAGUGCCAUACUUCAGGGGAAGUGCAGAAUGGAAAAACCUCGACAAAUGGAGUGUCAAAUGGCAUCCACCUGCACAGCAAUGGCUUCCGCUUGUCUGAAGGACGAGGACAUGUGAGUCCCCAGGUUGAGCUGCCUCCCUACCUGGAGAGAAUUAAGCAGCAAGCCAACGAGGCCUUUGCUUGUCAGCAGUGGACUCAAGCCAUCCAGCUGUACAGCAGAGCAAUCCAGAAAGCCCCCAACAACGCCAUGCUGUAUGGAAACAGAGCUGCUGCCUACAUGAAGCGCAAAUGGGAUGGGGACCAUUAUGAUGCUCUACGAGACUGCUUGAAGGCCAUAUCCCUGAAUCCGUGCCACCUGAAGGCGCACUUCCGGCUUGCGCGCUGUCUGUUUGAGCUCAAGUACGUGGCAGAAGCACUGGAGUGUCUGGAUGACUUUAAAGGGAAGUUCCCAGAACAAGCACAUAGCAGUGCCUGCGAUGCACUAGACAGAGACAUCAACGCGGCCCUCUUCUCCAAGAGUGAUAAUGCUGAAGACAAGAAGGGGGGUGGCCCCAUCCGGCUGCGAGCCACAGGUCGUAAGGCUUCGAUCUCGGAGGAUGAGAUGGUGCUGAGGGAGCGCAGCUACGACUACAAGUUCCGGUAUUGUGGCCACUGUAACACUACUACAGACAUCAAAGAGGCCAAUUUCUUUGGCAGCAAUGCACAGUACAUAGUCAGCGGGUCGGAUGACGGCUCGUUCUUCAUCUGGGAGAAAGAAACCACAAAUCUUGUUCGAGUGCUGCAGGGAGACGAGUCGAUUGUGAAUUGUCUGCAGCCUCAUCCCAGUUACUGCUUCCUGGCCACCAGUGGCAUUGAUCCAGUUGUACGGCUGUGGAAUCCCAGGCCAGAGAGUGAAACCCUCAAUGGCCGUGUGGUGGUAGACAUGGAAGGUGCUUCCCAAGCCAACCAGAGACGAAUGAACGCAGACCCGCUGGAGGUGAUGUUGCUGAACAUGGGGUACCGGAUUACAGGACUGACGAGUGGUGGGGCUGGAGGCUCAGACGACGAAGACAGCUCAGAGGGGCAAGUCCAGUGCCGACCCAGCUAAAACAGAACCGCCUCUCCUUCCUCUAAUUGUUUGGUUGAAAGGGAACCUAGUUUCCUUGGUCCUGAAGUUUCUCUGAUGAAUGACUGCACUGUUUCGCACUAUGCACAGAGUAGGACAAGCUGGCAGGGGCAGGAGCGGCCGUCUCUGUAAACCACCACCGCCUCCACCACCUCCUCCUCCCGUCACACUACUGAGCAGCAUGGCGGUGCAGUCUGGCGUUUGCCUUUAGCGGAAUUUAGUCCCGGCAGGGAUCUUUGAGUUGUCUGUAAGCAGUGUAAGCUGGUGACUUUUUCCAGAGCUGCUAUAUGACCUGGUACAGAGGGAUAUUGCCUGCAUUCAUGCGUUUGCAGAGAGGAUGUUAAAUUCCUGAAUAAAAUACAAACCUAGGGCAGGGGUUAUGGAAU